UGACUAACCCAACCCGGUACGGUACCCAGCCCGAACUAGCACUCCAACAACUAGCUACCAGUCUCUUUCUCUCGCCCCCUCUAAAAAAAAAACUAGCUACCAGUCUUCAUUUCCCCUUUCUUCUCCCAAGCUCGCCCGCUCCUCUCAAUCCCCUCCAGACGAAUCGAGUGGAGAAGAUCAAGAUCGACCAUGUCUGUCUCGCUACAAGUGACCAGAUUCAAGCCAGGAGACAUCUGUCCGCAACGGCCGAGUGCGCCUGCCGCAGGCAGUUUUCUGGUUUUCCGGAGGAGGCCCCAGUGCACGCAUGUACCUAGGUAGAUGCUCUUUCAAAUGUCAAGAUGGUUGCCAAGAAACAGAAGCAACAGCUCAGAAUUAGGGUUACCUACAUAUCUGCAUACUGCUUUUCACAAGUGUUUAGGUGUGGAACCUCAGAACAUCGAGACGGGACAACCAACCGUGUUGACACACAUUCUCUGUAAGGUUAUUAUAAUGCCACCUUACAUAAAGCGUGGUGGACGGAGUAAGCGAGAUGCAGUAGAUUGGAAAUGUGGUUCUUGCCACAGGGUGAAUCGUCCGACUAAACACCUUGUUUUUAAUUUGCCAAAGUUUAGAUGCAAGUGUGGCAAACAGUUUGAAAAGGAUUUUCAUAUUUGUUUGAGCGACAUCAAGGUAAACGGGCGUUUACUUAUAGGAGAUGUCCAUGAGCAGGAGGAGCCUGAUGAUGACUGUGUCGCAUAUGCUUUGGCGCACCAGUUGGAGAUCACAUUACGCAUGAAGGCACUACUGAAAAAGAGAGAUCCACUGAAAGUUAAGAAACUUUGCGGGCGCAAGCUCUUUGAAAUGUUUAAAAAGAGGUGCAAGGAUUACUUUCCGAAAAAGGGGUCUUCCAUAAAAAAACGUGCUUAUAUUAAACAGGUCCAUAUGGGCUUGAUACUCAAAGAAAAAGGGUUGACAAAUGAGGAUGGACAGGUUUGCAAGGUGUCAAAUGUCAGCACGAUUCCAGGGAAUGAUUUUGAAGGCAUUGCUAAAUCCAUAGCAGAGGGUGAUCCAUUGGUUUCGUCAUUUAACUGUGGUAAAAGACUCCGGAAUCUGAAAUACGGGCAAAUCUACAAGGCUUAUUUGAGGCCUCGAUACCGUGGAAAUAAAAGAAAGAGGUUAGCAGGCCAUGCAGUGUGCCUGAUUGGUGUUGGAAGGAAGAGAGGGAAGCCUUACUGCACAUUCUUAAACUCCUGGAAGGACUUCUGUGUGCGCCGUAAUAGGCGAGGGAAAAAGUAUAAGUGGGGAGUUGGGAGAAUAAGGGCCAGCGAUUUGAAAUGCAGUGCAAUUCGGCUGUCACGUUUCUCUGAACGAGGAGAUAGUCGGAGCUUGCAGCCGCAAGAAGGUACUGUGCUCAGUGAGCAUAAUCUGUUCCUUAUGGCAGCUUCGAUCCAUGAAGUCGAGAAUGAGCUUGAAAUCAAUGGCGAAGAGAGUGAUGAUGAAGGCGAGGCAUUGGAUACUAGCAUGCUUGGGAGCCUGACUGACAUGAGCGACCUGGAUGCUCAGCCAAAGCUUCUCAUCCACAUUGUCGCUGAGACCACAAACAAACUCGGUCUUACCAACAGUGGUGUCAGUCAGACCAAGUCAGACCUCAUGAAACUUGGUACAGUUGCAAGCUUUGUGAUGAAGGAGUUCAUGGAGAGACUGGCUGCUGGUGAUGUGUCCAUGCUUGGCCAGUUUGUUGCCAGCUAUCUUUCUCAGAGGGUUGUUGUGACUAUCAAACACAAUGACCGUUUGCAGUGUGUGUGGGAGUCUCAGGCUGGUGGGUUCUUUGCUGCCACAAAUAACACUGGAGCGCCCACCCUCAAAGUUUAUCAGUUAGCGUACCUUGAGGUGUUUCGCCUGAUCAACAAUUGGAAGCCUAUCUGGAUCAGGAAGCCAGAGGAUAACAACACGGAGUAUACUGCUUUGUACAAGAGCUUGACAAGUGACUGUGAGGAGCAUCUGGCAGUCAAGCACUUCUCUCUGGAAGUGCAACUUGAGUUCAAGGCUAUCCUCUUGGUCCGGAAGAGGCCCCCCUUCAGCAUCUUCGGCACCAGAAAGAAGCUCAACAACAUCAAGCUCUAUGUGCCCCUUGUCUUCAUGAUGAAUAACUGUGAGGAGCUGAUCCCAGAGUGGUUGAGAUUUGUCUUGGGCAUUGUUGACCCUGAGGAUCUGCCCCUUAACAUCUCCUGUCAGAUGCCCCAGCUGAACAAGAUCCUCAAGGUUGUUGGUAAUAACCUUGCCAACAUGUGCGAAGAGCUCUUACUUGAGAUUGUUGAGAACGAGGACCACAACAAGUUCUACGAGACUUUCUGCAACAACCUCCAGCUUGUUGUUCAUGACGAUUCCUCCAAUAGCAUGAAUAUUGUUGAGCUCCUGAGGUACUGCUCAAUCAAGAGUAGGGAUGACCUGACUAGCCUCAAGGAGUACGUGACCAGGAUGGAGGAGGGCCAGAACGACAUCUACAUCAGGGGUAAGAGCAAGAAGGCCGUGGAGAACUCUCCCUUCAGGCUGAAGAAGUGGAUCCAGGCGCUCUGCAAGGAGGUGUUUUGCAACAGUGCUGCGAAGGUCAUUGUGUCGGACCGGGGCGUCGGCUCGUUGUGCUCUUAUGACAGGCGAGUAUGACUGGACUUGAUGGCGAGGACCUGAGCAAGAAGACAAUGGAGAUCAACCCCGAGAGCGGCAUCAUGAGCUGUUCAAGCAUGCUGAUGUCAACAAGAACGACAAGUUGGUCAAGGACAUCGCGAUGGUGCUCUUCGAGACCUCGCUGCUCACCUCUUGAUGCAGGACGAUUGUGCCUAGGCACCACUGUUCCAUAUAAGGUGUACAGGGCACACGCCAGCCCAGGCGGCAGCCAACUCAGCUGUCAGCGAGGGAUCUUUAGUUAGAAGACGCUGACAACACAACAGGAUCUCGGUUGUUCUUUGUUGUUUACUGUCCGUAUCUUCAACAUGCAGUUGAUAGCCUACGGAGUCCCCCACUGCCUCCUGGUUAAAUUUUUGUCAUUUUACAAUUCAUCUCCUUGGUUCCUACUACUCCAGGGAAAGGGAUGGAAUAACCAGGGAUAUUACGGGUACGUUCCAGCAAAAUCCCCGUAGUACAGCAAAAUCAGUGAUACUGGUUCGUUAUUCCCAUGGAAAAGAAGAUAGUCUGUUUGGAUUUGGAUUGCCUCCAAAGCUGGCCUUAACAAUAUAUUGGUCAUGCCCACGAUAUUUGGCCACCGUUUGGAUUGGUACCAAUUUUUUUGAAAUGUGAAAUAAAAAUAACAUUUGAACUUGUUUGUU